GCUUCCCUGGGCAGAAAAUCAGCGUCGUCGAGCAGGAAAAAAUCGACCGGCUCAUGAUCGACUUGGAUGGAACGGAGAACAAAUCCAAGUUCGGGGCCAACGCCAUCCUGGGGGUCUCCCUAGCCGUGUGCAAAGCCGGGGCGGCCGAAAAGGGGGUCCCCCUUUACCGCCACAUCGCGGAUCUGGCUGGUAACAAGGAACUCAUCCUGCCGGUGCCGGCCUUCAACGUGAUCAACGGGGGCUCCCACGCCGGGAACAAGCUGGCCAUGCAGGAGUUCAUGAUCCUGCCGGUGGGCGCCAGCAACUUCAAGGAGGCCAUGCGCAUCGGCGCCGAGGUCUACCACAACCUGAAGGCCGUCAUCAAGAGCAAA